AACGAAACAAUGUAUAUAAACUCUAGGAGUAGACGACCAGAAUCUAUCUCUACCCCAAGACAAAAAGGGUACACACUUAGUCCGCUGUCUACCGAAAGAAAAAUCAAAAUGACAAGAAACGUCAAAAUCAUCUACGGUGGCGCCUCAUUCAACACCCAAUACGGCUCUACCGCAACUAAUGUCAGCGAAGUUCUCGACUACCUUGAAAAGGAAGGUAUCACAACCAUCGACAGUUCCGAGGUCUACGGGGAUAGUGAAGAAUUACUCGGUGCAGCCAAAGCGGCCUCUCGUGGGUUCGUGAUUGACACGAAAGUUGGAGGUGGAUUGUCGCGUGUGGAAGCCAGUGGAGAGAAUGUUGUUAAGGCUGUGGAGGAGAGUUUGAGGAAACUCGAUACUGAUUCUGUAGAUGUAUACUACAUCCACGCCCCCGACAAACGCAUCCCCCUUAAAGACACCCUCUCCGGCAUCAACGCAGCCCACAAAUCCGGCAAAUUCAAACGCUUCGGCCUGUCAAACUUCUCUCCCGCCCAAGUAAAGGAAGUCUACCGCACCGCUCUAGAGAACAACUUCGUCCUCCCUUCCGUAUACCAAGGAAACUACAACGCCGUGGGCCGACGAAUAGAAACCGAAUUAUUCCCCAUCCUACGCAAAUACGGCAUCGCGUUUUACGCGUAUUCGCCUAUUGCAGGUGGAUUUCUGACCAAGACACCCGGAGACAUUGCGAAUGCUAAAGGGAGGUUUGAUACGAGUCAGAUAUUUGGCAAGAUGAUGCAUGCGCUAUACAAUAAACCAUCCAUGUUGGAAUUUCUCGCUGAAUUCGGAAAAUUGGCCCGCGACGAAGGUAUCUCGCAGGCUGAGUUGGCGUACAGGUGGAUUGUGUAUCAUUCGUAUCUCGAUGGGGAGAAUGGGGAUGGUAUUAUCGUUGGCUCGAGGUCUGGUGAUCAGUUGACUGCUACAUUGGAAGGGUUGAGAAGAGGACCGCUUACGACGAGAGUUGCUGAACGGGUUGAUGAGUUGUGGAAGGGGGUUGAGAAGGAUGCUAUUUUGGAUAAUUGGAAUGAUUUCAUCUCCGAGAAUGGUCUUUAACCUUGGAAGAGCAGUCUAUAGGGAGAGGUUAGCCUGGUCGACAAACCUAGGUAUCUCCGCUAAACAGCGAGUAUAUUCUUUGAUAAACUCCAAUUAUAUGCAUGUAAAGUCCCACGAGACAAUAGAACAAAGCAAAUUCUGUUCCCAACAAAAGCAUCCCAUGCAGCGUGUUUAAAAAUGCUUUCUCCGCUUAUAGUAAACCCCCAAAACAAUAACAAAGACAAAAAUCCCACGCAUUUCGAGUUUCAUAUACAUGAUAUUACCCAAGAAUUAGAGGGGAGAGAAAAUUGAAGUCGAAGACGCAUAGAUGCCAUGCCAGGAACAGAAAGGCAAAAGUAAAGGUAAGACAAAACGCAUGGGUAUGUGAAAGGGUAAUACAAGAAGCGAAGUCAUGUAACAGUAACGGCAUUAUAAUCCAGUCCCAGACACCAUCCGCUCGUGCAAACGCCUUAUGUAUGUAUAUAUAAUGUAACAGAUGGCCGACAUCGUAAUGAAGGUCUUCUUCAAGUUGAAAUCAUCGAUCUCAGAAGGACGCAAAGGACGAGAGCGUAAACAGUGUAAGCUAUUAUUAUACUAAGCUUUUUGUUGCCGCCAAUCUUUGCGAUCUCGUAGUAGAGUUCCAGGCGUAUUAGGAUCAAGGAGAUUCAUCAUCAUCUUGCCAAGCUCAUUGUGUUUAAUUGGCUUGGUCACGUAAUCGUUAAAUCCGGCCCGAGCAGCAUCGUCGAUUUGAUCGGUCAUCGCGUUGGCAGACAGCGCCAUAAUAGGGAUUUGAUGGAAGUGAUUUUUGGCUUCCCACUCUCUGAUCUCCCGACAAGUUUCAUAUCCAUUCUUGAUAGGCAUUUGAA